AUGACAGAGAAGGUAUUCAUCGGAGGUCUAGACAGGCUCCACGUGGUGCACAACCUGUGGACACGGUCCACAAUCGCAUCACCCGAAUAUGACGAAGAAGAACCAUGGACACUGAUCGAGGAAGUAGACUCCUCACCCAGCUCUGACGAUCCCUACGAGAACGUCAAACGGCCAUACGAGCAAGUCGUGCGUUGCAUACUGCGGAAACUCGCCGCCGUCGACAUUGCAUCCGACGAGUGCAUAACUGGUUCCGCCUCACCCGAGCUCAACGUUCUAGAAGCCCGAGAUCAAUGCGAGAACAGCCAAUUCAAGCUCGGAACCCUACAGGGCAGGGUCAUGAGAUGUGAUUUGUCUGAGGAGUGGGUGGAUCCUACUGGAUAUGACGAACAUAACGGGCCGGGGGCAUUUGCUGAGGUUGUUGCUGGAACUAUGCAGGAGAAGGUCUCCAUCAAAGGGUUGGAUAAAUAUGAACUGGCGCAUGCGUUGUGGGAGCGGUCACGUCCGAUCCUCAAGGUGAAUGUGGAGCUCCCUUAUGAUGCAGUGGUAGCUAGACGGUUGUGCGAUAAGCAUCGGUUUAACCUCGUUUAUUUCCAAGGGAAGGUGAUUAAUUGUGAUCUGUCCCGGGAGUCGGUGGAUUGUUGGGUGUACGAUAGUAUUAAUGGACGGGGAGCAUUUGCACAGGUGGUGGAAUGUAUGCAGCGGGGGCGUCUGAUUGAAGAAUCGGUGGAGGAUGUGUCCAUCCACGGUCUGGAUAAGCAUGAGCUGGUCCGGGCGUUGUGGAUGAGGUCGAAUCCCUCUCGGUUCUAUGCCAUGUGUGGGGUUCCGGUUCCGGAGUUUGAUGACGAGGCAGCUCGAGCGGAUUCAAAGGGGCUGAAUUUCAACUUUCGAUUUCUUCAGGGCCGAAUCAUGAAAUGUGAUCUGUCUGGGGAUACGGCCAGCCCUUGGGGAUACGACAGGUACACGGAGAAGGGGGUGUUUGCAAGGGUUGUGGAAGAUCUCCGGAACACUCUUCACAACUAG